UUUGUCCCUCUCUCUCUCUCACAUCUACUUUUUAACCCGUCGUCUCCGGGGAAUUGAAUUGAAGGCUAGGUAGGAAGAAGCUGAAUAUUUCAAAAGCUAGCUUGUUUUAUUUUUCCAGUUUUGCGUGUACAUUUAUAAAUAGAGUCCUGGCCAUUGACUACUACUAGAGAAAGAGAAAGGGAGACAGGCUUUGUUGGAGUGUCAUUUUCCUAUAUAUACUCUCGAGGCAUUAGAAACUCAGACCCAUAUCUCUUAUAUAUUCCUUCCUUCCUUCUUCCCAAUCCUUUCCCUUUUUUUUUUUUUUUAAUUUUAUUUUAAGUCGAUCGCAAAAUAUAGUAGUAGUAAUAGUACUACUACUGCAUCUCCCCCCCCCUCCAGCUUUCUCUCUCCUGAUGAGGAUGUCUGUUUCUUGAGGAAGAGAAAAGUCUUCUCCUUUUCCCAUUUAGCUAGCCAGAUAGCCUUAAUUCCCUUCUUUACAGCACACUCACUUUCUUCCUCACCUCUUUUUUUUCUUUUUAAUUUUCUUUUUAAGGCAAACUAAAGGUCUGCUCUCGUUUUCAUCCAUACUAGUUAGCAGCAAAAUCAGUGGGAUUAGUACUACUGCGCAUCUGCAGCUAGCUCUGAUCCAUUGAUAAUAUUCUCUAAUUUUAUUUAUUUUAUAUAUAUUCAUACAUAGAUGCUUGUGAGUGUGUGUAUUUUUGAAGCAAGGUAGUAGCAGCUAGCUGAAACCCACCUCAUAAUCCACAUCUAUAUUACUAUUAGUAUUGGUUAGCCUCUGAAAUCUGUCAGAAGGAGAUGGAUGAAGUGGGUUUUUACUUUGUUUUCAGAACCUAAAACUGCUUAGCUUUAGCUUGAGAGAGAGAGAGAUCAGAGACAGCACUUUCGUUUUUAGCCAGAAGGAAGGAAGCUGUUGCUUCUUGAUUUGGUGAGGAAUAUAUAAAAUGCCUCAUAAAGGGAUUUUGGAGUCUUUGAAUCCGAUUCCUGAUCUUUCACUUCAUAUAAGCCCUCCAAACAGUGCUCCAAACGAACCUGCAGACUCUGCGGCCUUCAACAUAUGGCGGUGCAGAGACAACACCGACGUGCACGACGGCGGUCUAGUCAAAUCUCACAGUGACGAUGCUGCUACUACUCCACACGCCGCAGACACUGAGCUUUCCCUUGCAAAUCCCACAAGUGCUUCGGAGGCCGAGAGUGACAGCAACUCAUGGAAGAUGAUGAAAUCGAGCUAUUUCGCAAGAGAUCAGCAGCAAGCAGCGGCCGAAAAGCACAACAACAUAAGUCACGGCCUUUCCAUGCUUGAUGUGGCCGAGCUAGGAAUCAAACCCAUCAAAGGAAUUCCAGUUUAUAACAGCACUCCCGCAGCAGCUAAUUGCUCCUUUCCGUUUUCUCCACCUAAUUUGGACCCGUCUAGGGAUAUUUCAGCAGCUGCUAAUUCCAAGCUUUGCUUCUACCAAACGCCGCCGCCGUAUCUAUCUCCUGCUGCACCCUUCAGACCCGGUGGUGCUGCUGCUAUGGGAGCAGGAGUAGGAGGAGGGUUUGAGUCCAGGUAUAACGGGAUAACUAUGGACAGUCUAAGAGUGCCUCAACAACACUUACAGUAUCUGAAUCAUCAUCACCAUCAACAACAGCAGCUGCUGCAGCAUCAACACCAAUGUGGAGUUGGGGUUGGGAUUGGGAUUGGAGCUCAUCAUCAUCAUCAUGGUGAUUUCUCUAAUACUAACGGGUUCAUCAUGAGAUCUAGAUUUACGCCCAAGUCGUAUCAGAGUAAGAGGAGCAUGAGGGCACCCAGAAUGCGAUGGACCAGCUCCCUCCACGCUCGUUUUGUUCACGCCGUCGAGCUCCUUGGCGGCCAUGAAAGGGCGACUCCAAAGUCAGUGUUGGAGCUCAUGGAUGUCAAAGAUCUCACACUUGCUCAUGUUAAGAGCCAUUUGCAGAUGUAUAGAACUGUGAAGAACACUGACAAACCUGUAGCUUCCUCAGAUGGGUCUGGUGAUGAAGAUCUUAUGUCCACAACAACGACAACGCAUCAUCAGAAUUCAGCAAAUGGUUUACUAAACCAAAGAGGAGGCUCAAAUGCAAGUUUAAAUUUAGAGCAAGAUACGGAACACCCUUCUAGCAAUCUGUGGGGUAACUCUUCCAGUAGAGGAGCAUGGGUGCAAGCAAGUUCAAGAGAUCUAAAUGGCCACUCUCAACAUAGAAGUCCUGGAAACCUAUUUCAUCAUCACGAGGGAAGUGAUUUUGCCCAAUCACGAAGUAGCUUUGUAGAUCUCUCAAAUGGGGACUUCAUAAAAAAUCCAAGCUUGGAGUUCAGCUUAGGGCGACCGGACUGGCACAGCAAAGAAGUACUUGACUAAUUUUACAUUUUAAGUUAAUUAGCUAGCUAGAGGGAAUUGUCAGCUGACUGCCAUGCAUAAAUUUAUUCUCAUGAAAGAAGAAAAAAAAAAGGAAGAAGAAGCACAUGACAUAUAUAUAAGAAUUUUAGGGGGAAUUUUUGAGAAAGGAGAAAGCUUAGCCAUCGAUCAAUCUUCUUCUAAUAGUUGCGCGCUUUGCAUGCAUGUCUCUCGAUCUCGAUCUGUAUAUACUUUUCGAUUAAUUUUGGGAACAAAAGUUGCUGUUGAUAAUGAUC